UGCGUUCAGUCAGGAUCUCCUGCAUGGACCACAUGAGUAGCAUCCACAUGAGUUUGAGCUACGUACGUUGACGUAGAUUUCCUAACGUUAGUGGUUUCGUGACGCAUCAACGUAUGGUUGAGCGGACAGGAGAAUUUUACUGGCAAGAUGGCGACUUCGGAGCCGCGAGGAAACGAAACUGAAGAUGGUCCAAAUGAAACACCUACACCCGCCGUUGCAAGUUCUGAGCAGUACAUCAAACAUCCAUUGCAGAACAGAUGGGCCCUAUGGUAUUUCAAAAAUGACAAGAGCAAAAGUUGGACAGAAAAUCUGCGUCUGAUUGCCAAGUUUGACACAGUAGAGGACUUUUGGGCAUUAUACAACCAUAUACAGCAACCAAGCAAACUCGGGUUUGGCUGUGACUAUUGCUUAUUUAAGGAUGGCAUCAAGCCCAUGUGGGAGGAUGACCGGAAUAAACUUGGGGGCAGGUGGCUGAUGACUCUAAGCAAACAGCAGAGACAUAACGACCUUGACCGUUACUGGAUGGAGACGCUUUUGUGUUUAAUUGGAGAGUCUUUUGAUGAGGCCAGUGAAGACGUGUGUGGAGCUGUGGUCAAUGUCAGGCCGAAAGGAGAUAAAAUAGCCAUCUGGACUGGCAACUGCCAAAACAGGGAAGCCAUUAUGACGAUAGGGCAACAAUACAAAGAGCGUUUGAAUAUUCCCGGCAAACUUCUCAUCGGCUACCAGUCACACGAUGACACCUCUAGCAAAAGUGGAUCCACAACGAAGAACAUGUAUUCAGUUUGAAGAAGAUUAAUUCCAGUUGUUGUAGGUUUAUGAAAUUAUCAGAUUGCAUCACACAUGAAUAAUUUUGAGUUGUCAACUACUGUAGUGUCCUUCCUUUUAAACAGAAAGAGUGAGGGGGGAAAAAAAAACAAUAUUCAGCACGUAAAUGUGAAACUCAAACUUGCUGUUGAACACCUUCAGUAGCUGGGCUCAUCAAAGGGUGCUAAAUGGCCUAGAGGUUUGAGGGACUGCACCAGUUCAAAAUAUUGAAAAUGGGCGAUAUGUUACUGAUUUCUUUUCAGUUUAGACUAAACAAUUAGAUAAGACUAAUACUACACAUCCCUGGCAAAAGAGGUUGUAGGUUCAUUGUUAAAAUGAAACCAACUUUCUUGGCUUUAACCUGUUAUCUCUUGUGUGUCAUGUUACAAAUGUUUUGUCACUACUGGGGUUUACAAACGGAAGGAAUAAUGGCAACUUUCACCCACCCAGUAAUUUUAAGGGCCACAGUAGUUUUAACAUGUAUCAUUUUUGGAGGUGUUUGGCAUGAGCAGCAUUUGCAGAUGCGCCUGCAGACUGACUAUCUUAAAAGGUUUGUAAAAGUUGGCCUGAGUUUCUCUCUAUGUUUGGUAUUUGCCCGGAGAGACCACUUAUUGUUUCAGCCAUGCUGAAAUUGUGAAAAGACUUGCUUGUAGAACUGUUUUGAAAUCUUAUGUGUGAAAUCCCCCCCCUUACAUCUAUUUAUGGUAUAUGCAUUGCAGUUGAGCUAUUCAGUGGGAGGAAGACCAUGAAAGGAAAAAAAAAACUUUUUUGUUAACUAUUCUUUAUUUUUUUUUAAUUUUUUUUUUUUCAUUUUUGAAGAGGUUAGGAAUGUGGACUACUGCUUAAUGUAGAAACAUUUUUUUACAGUAUAUUUUACAGUAACCUGCCUGGUCACCCUUGCUUUUUAGGUGUGCUUUUCACUGUUUUUCUUUCCUAAAACUAGACUUUUUUUCACGUUCGCAAUACUUUCAGGAUCAGUGCGAAUGAAGAGAGGCUACUCAUUGUGAAAUGAUUUUGCUCAUAUUGUAUCUUUAUUAUCUGUAAUUCCAGGAUGUAUAUUACCUUCUUUCAAGUAAAGAUUAAGUGCUUUGCAUUAA